AUGAAUGUUCCAAUUGAGUAUUCAGAAUAAAGAGCUAAAACAGAAGCCAAUUCUUAUGGGUUCUCCUAAUCAAUUGAAAAUUUAGAUACUAAUAGUUUGAAAGAGGACCUUAAUAAAAGUAUUGAAUUGGGACGAAAAAAGAGAAAACAGUUGACUUUAUAAAAUCCUGAAUUUCAGAUCAAAUAAGAGAUUGAGGAUGAAAAAUAAUAUAUAAAAGUACAAACCCUUAUUAGGAGAGGAGUAGCAGAUUCUCUAAAGAUAUCAGAUUUAUGUAUGAUUAUAGUAUUGAUUAAUUAGUAAAGCUGAAAAUUUCAGUUAAAGACAAUAAUAAUCCAAUACACAGUUUAUUUAGAUGGUGCAUGCUAAUAUUUUAUAAGGAGAAUCCUGAGAUGUAUAGUUGGUAAGAGUUUAAAGUAAGAGUCUAUAUGAAUUUAGAAAUAAGUUAUUGAAAAGAAUAAUGGGUUAGAUCUUCGUAAUCGUUUGGGGUAUCAAAGUGUUAUUCAUAUAACAUCACUUGAAGGAGAGAAAACUAAAUACUUGUUAAAUUUAAAAAAGACUAUUUUAGAAUAAAAUAGUAAACCAGAAGAACUUCAUCAUGUAUUAGUGAAAAUAUUUGACAUUAUUGAGAUAAUCUAUAAAACACAUGAACAUGCAAAAAGAAUUAAUCAUCUUGUUAAUGAUUUAUUGAUGGUAUUAGAUAUUAUUAAUGUUAUUAAUAGUAAGAGUAAAAAAUAAAGUAAUACAAAGAUGAAAUUGAUAAGGUGAAUUAAGAAAUUCAAAUAGCAAAGUCUAAUUUAAAAAAUUUGGAAAGCAAGUCUUUGAAUGAUGAGAUCAUUCAAGAAUGA